AGUACGACACUUUUAUUUUGUCCGAUUGUUGGUGGGAACCGCACUGCAGCGUAUGUGUUAAUGGCGUACAAUUGGAUGACAAAAACUUUUGACGCUUACCCAAACUCUACUUCCACGGAAUCCUCUCCUGGUUCCUCUAUCCCACCUUCGCCUCUGGAGCAUGAUGUCCAAAUGCCCUCCGACUUGGAGGUUAUGACCACUCUUCUUAAAGAAGAACUGGCUCAGCUGGAGGAUUAUUACCUGUAUGAAUCGGCGCCUAUGAAAUUGGAGAAAUGGCAAAAAUGUGACAAAAGCUUGCAAGCUAUGGCUACGCAGUCGUACUACCAGUUGCCCUGCGCUUCGUACAAUGCAAACCAACCUGAAACAAAUCCCAGGCUGGUUUCCCUAGCAACCGGAGAUCUCGACCUGCGAGGCUUCUGUGGGGGCUCCGUGAGCCGACCGAAAAUGUCUCGCCCCGGCCCCUACAGCUACAUUCGGACACACUGCAACAGCCAAAGAAUAUCAGCGAGCGGAUGAAGGCGUGGAGGUGUUCGAGAGAAGGAGGCGUGGACUUUCAAAGGGACUCAUUCAGGUACGGAGCUGGCGUUUGACCAGUGCUCUGUCGACAAAUCCUUCGGAAAGAGCCACGCGAGCGCGAAGAAGGUUCGCGAAUGUGCCAUACUGUUGAAGGAAGAAGAGAAAAGUUGCUUCACGGAAGACGUGUUUUACCGAGCGGAGAUGAUGAGAGAUUCACGAUCUCGGCGGCUCCUGGAGCCGCACCACAAACGGGAGGGCCAGAGCCACGGGAUGAAGAUGCUCGCCACGGCGGGAUUGCUAUGCCCGUUUGCAGUGCGCGAGAGAGCGAGCUGUCCGCCGUAUAAACAAUCCGAAGUAGCCGAGUGCUACUUUCAUCAGAUAACUGCCAAUUUAGAGCCAUAUCACGGCUUCAUGAAUGAAAUCGAUCAGCCAAUCAGAACUGGGGCUCUUGAUAUCCAGAAUAAUGACUACUUGCACCACGAAUGCCUUGGGGAUCAAAGCUUUGAAUGUCUGUCGGAGACAGUGUUGGGUCCUCUUUGA